AUGGCCGGCUCACCUGGGCUGCUCUCAGAAGGGAGCGGUGGAGAUGGCUUUACCCUCUCAUGGGUUGGAGACGAGACAGACUCAAGACCCCCCUCCGGCUCCUCUCGCACCCAGCGUCCCUUGGAUGAUGCAGCAGAAUACGUCAAAGCUUUGAGUCCGGCGAGUCUUUUGAGCUCACAGGAGCUGAGUCAGCUUGCGAAGCGAGCGAGCAAGAUGUCGGGCAAAUUGGAGCUGCUGAGCGUCGAUGUAGCACAAGCACGCCAGCUGCUAGCUAACAAUCCACUCAAGCUGGAGGAGCUGGCAGCGAGAGGCAUAGAUGGUGGAAGAGUGGAGCUGAUCAGGCUGGCAUCUUUUAUCGAUCUUGCACCCUUGCCGGGACAGGCGCUACUUGGGGAGGUGCGACGCGGCUCGUUGGCCAUCGAGCUGAGCAACUGUGACACGGCGACUUGGGUGCCGGCCACGUCUGGUGCAUCAGUCGAGCCGUCGGACGUACAAACUCUUAUUCGAGUUCGUGGCAUAGCUUUUGAGAGCAAGGAGGAGCUCGCAGCGUACAAGGAGAAGAUGAAUGCUGCAGCUGAGGCUGAUCACCGAGCUAUAGGCUCGGCACAAGAAUUAUUCAUCAUUCACGACGCUUCGCCUGGAACGCCCUUUGUCCUACCGAAUGGCACUCGCUUGAUAAGAAAAGUGGAGAGGGUCAUCAGAGAUCUGUAUGCGUUGUGGGGCUAUGAUGAGAUCAUCACGCCUCAGCUCAUGCGCAAAAGUCUCUGGCAACGGUCUGGGCACUGGGACAACUAUAGGGCCGACAUGUUUGGCGUGCAGGGGUUUGUCGAUGCUGACGUGGUUGAGCGCGAGGGCGCUGCACACACUCCAGCGCCAAACACCAGCGCGACGCUUGUCGAAGAUAGGCCUUGCUGCGCUGCUCAUGACCAGCCUAAACCAGCCUCGACCUUGUCAGAUGCCCAGCAUUUUGGACUGAAGCCCAUGAAUUGUCCGGGCCACUGUCUUGUCUUUGCUUCGAAGGAACGAUCGUAUCGCGAUCUGCCGAUCAGGUAUGCAGAGUUUAGCCCUCUUCACCGGUGAGUGCUUCAGGUUUUGCCUCGAGUAGCUUCUUGUGCUUUUGCUUUUUUCUGCUUGCUCUCACACAAUUUUGGUUCGGAUUUGUUGAUGCUAGAAACGAAUCUUCAGGCUCUUUGUCUGGACUGACGCGUGUCCGACGCUUCCAUCAGGACGAUGCGCACGUGUUCUGUUCGCUGGCGCAAGUCUCUGAAGAAAUCACUUCGAUGCUGGCAAUGCUCUCUUCGGCUUACAGAACCUUCGGCUUCGAGAGCAAAUUUGAGCUCGUCCUAUCCACCAGACCUGCGAGCUUCAUAGGCAGCAUCGAGGAGUGGGACCGGGCAGAAGCGGCCUUGGAAGAAGCGUUGAAUGCGUCGGGCCAGAAGUGGAGCUUGAACGAAGCGGACGGAGCUUUCUACGGGCCCAAGAUAGAUGUCAGGCUGGUGGAUGCUUCUGGCCGUCGACAUCAGACGGCCACGAUUCAACUAGAUUUUCAGUUGCCUCGUCGAUUUGAACUGAAGUACACCGAUCCGAACGCUCUCGACGGUAGUGGCCAGUCGACCCCUGUAAUGAUCCAUCGAGCCAUACUGGGGAGCGUCGAGAGAUUCUUGGCGAUCUUGAUAGAGCAAGGCAAAGGUAAUUGGCCCUUCUGGAUCAAUCCUAGACAAGCUAUCGUACUUCCUGUCAAGCCGGACGACUCUGCACAGCUGGCUCAUGCCGAGCUGGUCAAGAAAGAAAUGGCUCUGGGACACGCCCAUGCGCUGAAGGACAAGAAUAUGGGAGUGAGCCUGGACAAGCCUUUACCGCCUAGAUCGAUCCAGGUGUUCCAUGUUGAUCUGGACGCAACCAACGCCAGGUAUCCUAAACGAGUCGCUAAGGCGCGAGCCGCGCGCUUCAGUUUUGUGCUCACGGUCGGCGAUCGAGAAGUGAGGAACAAGACGGUAAAUGUGACGGCUUAUGGUCCUGGAGUGACUGCGGCUGCGACAGGAAUAGUGUCGGGUGGCGACGCGAGCGCUGCGGAACGAUUACAAGAUAUUUUGGACUCGCUGCAGGCUGGCAAGAGACCAGACAUCGCAAAUGAUAUGGGCGAGUGGAACACGAAGAAUCUAAGGAAGUUGUUCGAGGCGCUCGACUCGUACCAUUGUUGA